CUCUCUCACUCUCUUCCUGCUGCAUCAUCAUCAUCAUCAUCAUCACAACAGCCGCUAGUAGCACCCUGUCUAAUUGCGGUGACCGGGGGACUGGAUAGUCAUAACUAAUUAGCAUAAUACUAACUCUAAACAUAACACUAGUUAACAUCACCACAAUAGAGUAAUCUACGGAUACCAUUUACAUUGAGCUAUCCCCUUGAUACCGCUAGGACAUGGCCAGGCAAGAUCAGGUCCUGCUCUUGGAGCCACAGCACGAACUGAAAUUCCGAGGACAGUGACCCAACACACCUCCAGGCUGUGUAAGGGCUAUUUUACCAAGAAGGAGAGUGAUGGAGUGCUGCAUCAGAUGGCCUGGUCUCCACAAUAACCAGACCUCAACCAAAUUGAGAUGGUUUGGGAUGAGUCAGACCGCAGAGUGAAGGAAAAGCAGCCAACAAGUGCUCAGCAUAUGUGGGAACUCCUUCAAGACUGUUGGAAAAGCAUUCCAGGUCCCUUCUCGGAUGUGGUCAACACAACCUUAAAGCUCGCCAACCCCACAGACAGGAAUGUGUGCUUCAAAGUCAAGACGACAGCCCCGCGCCGGUACUGCGUCCGGCCAAACAGCGGUGUCAUCGACGCCGGCACCUCAAUCAACGUCUCAGUGAUGCUGCAGCCUUUCGACUACGAUCCCAACGAGAAAAGCAAACACAAGUUCAUGGUGCAGUCCAUGUUGGCUCCCCCCGAAAUGACGGACAUGGAGGGAGUGUGGAAGGAGGCAAAGCCAGAGGAGCUGAUGGACUCCAAGCUGAGGUGUGUCUUUGAGCUUCCAGCGGAGAAUGAGAAAACGCACCAUGACUUGGACGCCAACAAGAUGAUGUCGUCCAACCUGCUCAAGUCGGAGUCAUCCACACUGUCCAUGAAGUCCAUGAGCUCCACCCUGGACGAUGGCGAGGUGAAGAAGAUCAUGGAGGAGUGUAAGAGGUUGCAGAUGGAGGCGCAGCGGCUACGGGAAGAGAAUAAACAGAUCAGGGAAGAUGAUGGCCUGCGGAUGAGAAAGAGCAACGUGAUGUCCUCCCAGCACUCCUCCCACUCCAUGGUGAAAGAGGAGGGGCUGAGCCUGCGCACGGUGGCCCUCAUCGUGCUCUUCUUCGUGGUCGGAGUCAUCAUCGGCAAGUUGGUCUUGUAAGAGCGAGUGGCAAGCGAGAGACGGCCAACCGCAUGCUUUCGGGGGAUUGAAACAAACGACGGAUUUGGGAUUUUUGGUAUUCAGAAAUGCCAUAUCAAUGGGGUAGUUUUGAAAUCGUUCAUUUAUGUACUAAUAAAAAAAGGAGAUACAAAAAAAAAUCCAUCAUGUUAUGAACAAACCAACGAGAGUUAAAAAAGCAACUGAUCAUUACAUAAUCAUUCUGGCCUUCCUCCCAAAUACUUGCACCACCAAUACAAGAUGACGAGAAGGAGGAAGAAAAAUGCAGAUCAUUAACCAGGUUUCCAUCCAACUUUUUUUAUGCAAGUAAAGUACGUUGGAUAAAUGUCACGACAAGCCGGAUGGAAACAGCAAAUGUGUCGGUAAACUUUCCAAAUGUCGACAAACCAAAAUACACUAGACAAGGUGGGAUCUUUUUGUGUCAGUGAAAAGGUGGUGGAAAUGCCUUUAUGCACAAAUAUUGAUAUAAUAACCAUCAUUUCGAAGUAAACUUGGAGUCACGCGAUGAUCUAGUAUGUGGUCCUCCGACUAUGACUCGAAAGCUUUCAGUUUAUUAGGCUACAGGUGAAAUAAGUUAUGAUGAACUUCACAGGGUGGUGAAAGUGCACGGUGAUGAGCUUGAUUCUCCUUUCCAAUAAAUAGAGGGGGUCUUAUUCUGGUGACAUGAUCAUCGAUGCUUGGCUGCCGUAUGACAAAAAGAAUCUUGCUCCUUUGUCCAUAAUAAUCUCAUCAUGUAGAAAGCUAUACUCACACUGUAUCUGCAAGAUUUUGGCUAGACUGCACGUGCCAAGACCAGAGUGGGCACAUUCGCUAGGCUAUGUAACGCAACAGUUUUUGUGACAAAACCAUCAGUAGAUUUGAAAUUGCGAUGGAAACCUAUUAAACAAUAUGUAUAUGUACAGUAUAUUCGGUACAUGGGGAAUUUAACUGCAAAAGUUAUUUUUAUGUGCCCUAUGUCAUCACGCACAGCCUUUUAUCUGUCAAUUUGAUGGAAACACAUCUCUGGUGGGAAAAUGUGCAUCAUUUUUUUAAUGCCGAUUUUAGAAUAUUUGCAUGAUUAUCUGUCGCCAAUUGGAUGGAAACCUAGCUAUUGAUAGUAAUUCAAAGCAAAAUGAUUUUCUAAACACCGGUGGGUGCAGUUGAGUCAGUUUGCGUUGUGUGAAUGUCGUUUCACAUAUUGUUUAUUUUUCCAAUGGCCGUGGGCAUACUCUGUGUAAAGAAUCGAUAGUAACCCUCUAGUAAAGUGAUGCAAGGUGCGCAGCACUCUUUUUGGCUCACCUCCUGUAGAAAAUGAUUGACAGAGAUGCUUCAGAAAGUAGGUAACCCCACCUAUUUCUGAAGCAUCUCUGUCAAUCAAUUUCUACAGGAGGUGAGCCAAAAAGAGUGCUCCGCACCUUGCAUCACUUUACUAGAGGGUUACUAUCGAUUCUUUACACUGAGUAUGCCCUCGGCUUCUGGCAAAGAGGAAUAGCUGCUGCUUGGCAAAAGCUAAUGGGGAUCCUUGUAAACCAAUACGCACAGGGCUAUUGUCAACCAAACUGACUCCUCCAAACAGAGGCUUUGUAUAGACCGGCGAUUGGGGAAUACCCUUAAUCGAUACAGCAAACCCCCGCCGCCUCCCCCUUAUGUUUGUUCAAGUGAGAACAUUACCCCUCCCCUAUGAUUGCAAAUACCCAGGUUGGCAGUAGAUUCUUGAUUGCAUGCGUCCAUAAAAUAGUUACAUUUUUGGGACAUUUUUUAUUUAAUUGAAUUGCUUUUAUCAUUGUGAUGUUUCUUUUCAGCUGUAGGUUUGCACAACUCAAUCUUCAGAUUAUUAUUAUUAUUAUUAUUGUUGUUGUUUUUUUUGUAGUGUUUUUAUGAUUUGAUUUUUAUUUAUUUUUUGUAGGGAUUGAGGCAUUAUUUAAAAAAUAACGCAGCUAAAUGAACUCCGGGUCGGUUGGGACUGGGUUACUGGAUGUAAGCCUUUUGCCUUGUGACCGCUAUUGGUAAGUUAUUCUAUGGCAGGAAGGAAGUGACGAAACGGUGCAUGUAGAAGUGAAUGAGUUUUGGUGAGGUCUAACCCAAAAGUAAUGUGCAAUACUGCUGUCAGAUUUAGACCUGUGAGUCGUAUGUCAGGGAAAUAGGUCUGUUCCUGCUUUUUUGUUUUGUCAGGUUUUUUCCUUCUCCAAGCCAUACAUUUGUUGAUCUUGUCAGGCAAAUGUAUGUGAGUCAUCAUUUGAAUGAUUUAUGCUGUCUGUUCACCGUGCUGUGACAGUCCACUUAACUCUUAAAGAACACUUAUCCAACUACAUGGCCAUUGUCUUCAUCAGCCCCACUACAGUCAUCAUCGAUAGGUUUUGAUGCUUGUUUAUUUGUUUCUCAUUGAACUGUUAUACCCAUCACUACACUGAAGUCAUGUUAAUUUGAAUGCACUAUAUUCUAAAGAAUGCUUUUUCCCAGUAUCUAUCAAUGUAACUGUUUUGUUAGUUAGCCAAGUCACUGCAUUUAACUCACACACAAAAAAAAUGAAAGCACACAAAAGCUAUAUCCUGAAGGGACCUUUACUAUUUAAACGUUUUGUCCUUAACAGGAUUCAUUUCAUACACUCAAUUUAUUUCAUCUCACUGUUGCCUAUUAUGGAUUAAAGAAUGGAUAACUUGCAGAUGGAGGUAUAGAGUUGAGGAAAGCGAGAGUGUAACCUACUGUAUCUGUCUACGUGUGAGCGGAGUGAAGGAUAACUUGCUGCUUAGGGCGAGGGCAGCACAGGCCUGAGCUAAGUCUUCCUGACCGUGAGUCACAGCUCGCUGUGUAGUCACGUGAAUCAAGCGUUAGCCAGGCUAGAGCUGAGCUACCAUCCCAGGAGUUGUGGAAACACUACAAUUGACCUGUCCUGGAGUAUCUGACCAUCACCGUGAUCGAUGUAAACAGUCAGGCAACUGUUUUGUAUGUAUAUAAAUAUCUAAGAAAAAUGCAUAUUCCUAGUCAAGUAGUCUAUGGUGUAUAAAAACCAACCUUGUUGGACUAUGUAGCAUCUUAAUAAAUUCAAUGAAUAAA